GCUCAUGGGUUGGACAGCACACAGUCCACCGGUGAAGACUGAUCCUGACAGCACUUGUAUACAUUCUCUCCUGACGUGGAUUAUCUGUGUUGAGUUUUAGGGUAUUUGGAUGGCACGUUUUAAGGUUAAAGGGAUUCCCACCACUGAGAAAAGUCUAGUCUGCCCUGGAACAGAGUAAGGAGAAAAGGAGGAGGGGGGAAUAUAGCAGCAGAUUUCCUCUCAUCUUUGCCUGUGCAGGCGUUUCUUCUGUGAAAGAAUGGGGGCAGGAGCUCUGACCAUCUGUCACAACAAGGCAGCGGUGCAGGUUAAGGAAGACAUGAAGAAGAUGGUCCAGAUACCCAUCCUGAGACCCAGAACGAUGACGGCCAAACACACUAAAGUGUUUGGAAAAUCCCUGUCUGAGCUGCAGAAACAAGGCCUGAUGAAAGAAGGUGUGCCUCUUGUGGUGAGGAGGAUGGUGGAACAUCUCUCCAACCACGGCCUACAUCAGGAGGGUUUGUUUCGAGUGAAUGGUAAUGCCCGAGCCGUGGAGAACCUGAAGCAGCGACUGGAGAGUGGAGAAGAAGUGGACCUUCUCUCUGAGUCUGAUACCAGCACCGUGGCAAGCUUGCUUAAACAGUACCUCAGGGACCUGCCACAGGGCUUGGUGGACUCAACAGUCCAGCAGGCGCUCAUACAACACUACCAAGAAUCGGGAGAUGACGGCUCUUGUUCAGACAUUGGAGACGUGCUCCAGCAGCUCCCUGACGUUCACCGUAGCGUCCUCCGUUACCUUUGCCACUUCCUCACCCUUGUGGAAUGUAACCACAAAGAAAACCGCAUGACUGCUCUCAACCUUGCUACUGUGUUUGGCCCAAGUGUUUUCCAUGUUGCUCCUAGUUUUGAAGCAAUGAAAGACCAAAACAUUUGUAACAAGAUCAUGGUGAAGCUCAUCCAGAACUACAGCACUAUCUUUGAGACCCAGACAGAUGGAGACAGUGAACGCUGCACAGAAGAACAUCCAACCCUUAUCAUGGUCAAGGAGGCACACGUGACAGAUACGAACACAAAGAAGUUACCCAGUCACCUCAAUGCAAAAACACCAGCAGCAGCUCCCAGGAUGAAGGUUGGACACAUAAAUCCAGCAGAAAAUGCAGAACCUGCGAACAAUUCUGCAGCCAAAUCGCCAAAAGCGAGGCCAAGGAAACACAAGGUUAGGAAAGGGAAGAGUGACGGCAUGGCUCAAGUUCUCCCUCAGCCCAGACAAUCUGUCGGGUCACCCCACGCAAGGCCUCUCUCCAUACCGAUAGUUUUGCCCCUGACCUCAGAGCUGAGGAGCCCCAGCCCAGAGGUGAUGGAGGCAGCCUCAGUGCCGCUGACUCGCCAGGACCCCCCAGGCACUGCCUCGCCACACCUCCACCUAAAAGUCAGCCCCUUCGGCAGCAUGGAAGACUUCAGCAGCUCCCAAGAAGAAGAGAGACCAAUAUCUCCUUUCUACAUGAGUAACCACCUCUCCCCAGUCCACUUCAGACCAGAUGUGGUAAAUUUUCUGGACAGGACAAUACGUUCUACCGUGCAGCAGCACCUGUUUGAUGUUAACCCAUCAAGGAAUCAAAGUCAGAGGACACAACUUAUUCCACGGCCGCAGAGUCCGACCGCGAUCCCAACUGCACGGCAGAGACGCCGACACCAGAGAGAACAGCAGGACGAGGGUCUAAGACACAGAGAGAGGAACAGAGCGGCAUCCAUCAGGGCAGACACCAACAAGGAGAAUAUCCAGUCAAGCGGUGGAAGCAGUUCUGGCAGCGUCAGGGAAGAAACUGGCAGCGUGGGCUCACAGGGAGGCCAGAGUGGUCCCGCUGAGCCAAGACCCAGACCUAGGAAGUCGAGACAGAGCCCGACGCUGGUGCCGCUCAGCAACAACCAGGACACCCACACAUUAAAGGAAGGUCUUGGUGUCUCAGGAACAUAUGAAAGACCUGGAACAAACUACAUGGAGACCUCAAAAGACAGGGAUGAUACUUCCAGAAGAGACGGCCUUCCUUCCUCUCUCUUGACGUUAAGGAUGAAGAUUCAGGAGUCGCCCGUCGCUUGUGACACGGGGAGGGUCGGCAGCGGUGACGUACGAGGAAGCUCGGACCCGGACUGCGAGAAGACGAGCUGUGAGGACGUUCCCCGACUGGACCUGACAGCACUGACCGAGGACAGCAACUGGGGAGAUUCUCCGCUCUUUAACACCCCUUUCCUUGAUUUCAAACACAUUUUCCAUUCAAGUUAUUGUGACGAACCGGUGCCGGCGUACUCAUCGUUGCAGAGGGAGAGUAUGGACCGCGAGGAGGCCCGACUGUCGCCUCACGCCGGCGGCCGCCUGAUUCGCCAGCUGCUGGAGGAGGACAGCGACCCGAUGGUGUCCCCUCGGUUUUACGCCUACGGACAGUGCCAGCAGUACCUGGAUGACACUGAAGUGCCUCCAUCACCGCCAAACGCACACUCGUUUGUCAGUCGCAGGAGGAGUUCUUCCCUCGGCUCGUGUGAUGACGAGAAGGAAGAGCUUACGUCUGCUCAGCUCACAAAGAGGAUCCACAUAUUGAAGAAAAAGAUCCACAGAUUUGAGGAGAGGUUUGAAGAGGAGAGAAAAUACAGGCCUUCCCACAGUGAUAAAGCUGCAAACCCAGAAGUGCUGCGAUGGCUCACUGAACUGUCCAAGCUCCGCAAAGAGUUAAAAGAACACAAACUGAUGAAGUCUGAGGAGGAUCUGCCGCCGCUGACCCGCCAGCGCAGCAACACACUGCCCAAAAGCUUCGGCUCUCAGCUGGAGAAGAAGCCUCAGCAGGAGAAGGUGCCCAAACCGCCAGCGGACGCCACACUGGAGAGCAUUCUGAAGAAGCUGCAGGAGAAGAGGGAGGAGGUGAACCGACCCGAGGACAUCAAGGAUAUGACCCGGGAACAGAUCGGAGCAGAGAAGGUCGCCCUGCAGAAAGCUCUGCUCUACUACGAGAGCAUCCACGGACGACCAGUCACAAAGAACGAGAGGCAGAUCAUGAAGCCUUUGUACGACAGAUACCGGCUGGUCAAGCAGAUCCUGUGCAGAGCCUCCACCAUCCCCGUCAUCGGCUCUCCUUCCAGCAAACGCCGAGGCCCCCUCCUUCAGCCCAUUAUCGAGGGCGAAACCGCACUCUUCUUCGAUGAUAUCAAGGAGGAAGAGGACGGUUCAGAGGACGACGCAGACACUAAGACUCAGUUCACCGUCACCGUUCGACCCGACCUCAGCGUGCUGGGCUUCCUGGACCACAUGGACGAGGAAACGGACGGUUUCAUUUCACCUGUGGAUGAGCUUUCACCCUCUAAGAAUACCAGUGAUAUGAGGCUGUCCAACCUGCACUCUGCCACCAUUCAGGAACUUGUGGAGCAGCUCCAAGAAACUCGAGAAGAGAAGAAGAGAAUCCGCAAAAACCUGAAAGAGUUCGAGGACCAGUUUCUGAGACAAAACGGAAGAAAUGUGCAGAAGGAGGACCGCUCCCCGCUGGCGGUGGAAUACAACGAGUACAAGCACGUUAAAGCCAAACUGCGGCUGCUGGAAGUCCUCAUCAGCAAAAGAGACUCGUCCAAGUUCAUCUGAGAAUCAAACCCAGACUCCACAGACGGACCCACGCUUCAUCCGCAGAUUCGUCCGCUCCGUCUGACGCCGAGGAGGAAAACGCCGUCGUCCUUUCUUGUCGCCAUCUGUGCUGCUCUGGUUUCUUGGCCGGCGGCGGCGUCUACCUGUCUCGGCGGUUGUUGGUGCGUUCUGUCGAGCACAGCGUGGUUUUUUUUUUUUUUCCUCCGGAGCCGCUGAGAAUCGCUGACCCACAACAGAUUCACCGAACCGAACCUCAGAGGACGAGGACGUUUCUUUAAGAGACUAAACCGGAUGCGCACGAAUAACCUUUUCGGCCAGAAUCACAGUUGUAUCGCUAAUAAUUUAUUUCUAUCUUUUUGAAUGUUUUUAUCGGACAGAAUUGUUAUUUUCUCAUGCUUUAGAAGUCUUAAAAAAAAAAAAAAACACCGAAGUAAAAAUAGAUCUUACAAUUAUUUUUAAAGAAGGAAUUUGUGAUCAAGAAAUACUUUUUUGUGUAUUUUUGUAAGGGAGACGUUACUGUUUGUAUAACUUCGAUCAUCUUAACAGUAUUCUUUAAACCGAUAGCUUUCUGUAUUUCAGUCCUUAUGAUCGUGUAGAGGUUUAAACAGAUGAAUAUUUACUCACUAACAGAAGUGAUUUCCUGUAUAAACACAAUCCAAAGACACCGCCUCAGAGAACAAACUGCACACCAAAAUGACACACGUCUUCAGUAUCUUCAGUAUUCGCUCCUUUUUUGGUGAUCACUGGUACUUACUUAAACAUUUGACUGUACAUUAGAUGCAUCGAUGUGCUUCUUUUCCAUUUAAGUCAUGUGAAAUAAGCUAUUUUUUUUUUCCUCGUCUUGAAAUCACUGGUAUGUUUUUGCUCACACUGAUGACGACUCUGGAGGACAGAAACGGUCACUAAAACCGGUGUUUUGUUUUAUUGUUUUUUGUUUUUUUUUUUUAAUUAUUAUUAUUUCUUUCUGGCUGUGUUUUCCAGUGAGGCCGCUAACCCUUUCUGUCACCUCCAGCUCCUGUUGUUCUUUGUAAAUAUUGCAUUACUGUGUAUGUUUACAUUUCUGUGAGCGAGUACAUUUUCCUUUCUUUCUCCAAAAUGGAUGAUUAUCAGUGUGAAUUUCGUUUUUUCUGAAUGUUAACACUGGCAGGCUUAAUGAAUUGAGUGUGUACAUUUUAGUACAUAAAUUGUAUUUGUAUUUUGUACAUAAUAUAAAUGAAAUCAUAUUUUUACUGAC